CACACACACAAAAGAGAAGGGGAGAUCCCGCAGAGAUCUGCUAAGACUUCCUCGUGCAAAACGAUGUUCCAGACAUUAUGCAACUACUUCUGGUGGGACCGGCUCUGGUUGCCGUCCAACCUCACCUGGGCAGACAUCGAAGUCAGCGAUGGCCGCGUGGCCCCACAGUCCAGAGACUUGUAUAUCACCAUCCCUCUAGCAUUUCUCUUCCUCAUCAUCAGGCACCUCUUUGAAAUAUAUGUGGCAACUCCGCUAGCGGGUCUUUUGAACGUCAAGGAGAAAGUGCGGUUAAAAGCGACUCCGAAUCCCGUCCUAGAGAAAUUUUAUACGGCGUCCUGUAAACACCCCAAACAGGCAGACAUCGAGGGCCUCUCAAAGAAAAGCGGCUGCAACCCCCGGCAGGUUGAGCGCUGGUUCCGCCGGCGGCGCAAUCAGGACCGGCCCAGCUUGCUCAAGAAAUUUCGGGAGUCCAGUUGGAGAUUCACCUUUUACCUUCUUGCUUUCAUUGCUGGCACGGCCGUCAUAGCUGACAAACCUUGGUUCUACAACCUCAGGCUAGUUUGGGAAGGAUACCCUACACAGAACCUGCUGCCGUCCCAGUACUGGUAUUACAUGAUUGAGCUUUCGUUUUACUGGUCCCUGUUGUUCAGCAUCGCCUCGGACGUGAAGCGGAAGGACUUCAAGGAACAGGUCAUUCAUCAUGUAGCGACCAUCGUCCUGAUUAGCUUCUCCUGGUUCACCAACUACAUCCGGGCCGGGACUCUCAUCAUGGCCUUGCAUGACUCCUCAGACUUCUUGCUGGAGUCGGCAAAAAUGUUCAACUACGCAGGCUGGAAGAACAUGUCCAACAACAUCUUCAUCGUCUUCGCCACCAUCUUCAUCGUCACGCGACUCAUCAUCCUUCCGUUCUGGAUCCUGCAUUGCACCAUGGUGUACCCCUUGGAAAUGUACCCACCUUUCUUCGGCUACUAUUUCUUCAACCUCAUGAUGGUGAUUUUGCAGUCUCUGCACAUAUUUUGGGCGUACCUCAUUAUCCGGAUGGCCCAGAAAUUCAUAACUGGAAAGGUGGUGGAGGACGAGCGCAGCGAUCGUGACGAGACGGACAACACCGGGGAGGAGGAGGAGGAGUUGGAAGAGGAGAGAGCUGCCUCAGUCGCCACCUCGGCAGCACCCACAAAGAACGGCCCCCUAAGCAACGGGCACCCGGUCUUGAACAAUAACCACCGGAUGAAAGCCGACUGAUUGCUUGACGUCCAUUUUCGGUACCCAUGCAGCCUCUGCUUCCAGCUUUGCAGGGGUGCCCCCGUCUGCCGCCAGAGCCCAGAUCUUUAUUUUCAUUUUUAAAGCCAAAAAAAAACUCUUCCUCCAGGGAGUUGCAGCCAGAAGCACAGCCCCCUGCCUCCCCACCAGCUCCUCUCUCCAUCCUUGGACCCUCCCAAGUACCCGAAGUAGCGCCGGAUUUAUUUCAAGAGGGGACCCCGAGACACUCGCCGCUUUUCCUCGGGGCACAGUGAGCGGCCCAUUUCUCCAGGCAGGAACUGCAAACGACGCUCAUUUUUCUCUCCCAGGACCCUGAAAACCCCUCACGCGUUGCCCACCCAAAAUCCCCCCACAAAUUAGGCACCCAAGAAGGCGGGCAAGCAAAGAGCAACUUCUUCUCCCCACCAUCUCCCCACCCCAGAAACGACGCACGUCCUUUUUCUUCCAAGCACACUCGGAAGGAACCAACACUUGCGGGGAAAGUACUCCACUUGUCAAGUUUCUAGUCCUCAUCGAGGCCUCUCCCCUUUCCCUGUGCCAAAGGCCCUCCUGCUUGUAAACGUGUUAGGAAAGCUGGGCUCGGCCUCCUUUCCCCGACCCCCCAGAUCUACUAUAUCUUACACCAUGGGCCCAAAUGUUUUCUUUCCACAAGUAAUCCUUUUGUGUGUGUGUGGGAAAAGCAAAUAUUUUGGGUACAAGCGGGUGGGGUGUUGCAGAGAGUAAGGUUGGGGUUUCCGCCCCAGUCCCCCUUCGCCACUUAUGAGGACAAUCCCUGCGCCUUCGCUCUGUAAGAGUUGGGAAACGGAGUCAAGCAGGCGUCGCCGGUGCGGUGCUACGGUUCCCGUCCCCUUUGAGCACAUCUACCCACUGUGUCUUGAUACCUUUUUAAAAAACCAGGCCAGGAGUACACCACCGGUCCUGCCUUAACUCCAAAGCCUUUCGAUAUCCGUUUUUGGUUAUCGUAGAAGCCAUAUUACUCCUUUGCAAAGACUGGCUCUGUUUUCUUAGCUGCAGCGAAACGAACGGUGAGAGGGGGAUCGAUAUAUACGUCUUCUGGUCCUCAAGGUAUGCCCAGUGGGGAGGCCCCCCCCACUUGUAAGGCCCUGGAGUUUUGACCACUGCCUUUACCAACCCCCAGCCCAAUAGGAAGAGGUUUUUAAAUUGCAAAAAA